AUGACUUCCGUGGCGAUAUCCGCAGAAAGAGUCGCUCAAGUCGACGCAGCCGUCCGAAAAUUUGUUGGCGGGUUUCUCAAGCCGAUCGAUUCCACUGAAGAAUUCUUGUCAAGCUAUCAUCCAGAAGUUGAAUGGUAUGAUCACGCUUUUUUGAUCAGACGUGUCGGACACAAAGCUGUAAUUGGCUUGCAACAAGGUUUCACCCACUGCAACCAACCCUUCGCGGUGGACAUCAAGGCCAUAACCCCAACCGCAACAGGCGCGAUUCUUGAACAAGUAUGGAUCGGGCGCCACUCCAAUGACCUUAUUCGACCGAAUGGAGACGUUGCUGUCAAAGCCACUGGCAAAGAUUUCCAAUGCCUCGUUUGCAUGGUCUUUCAGAUCGAUGAGAGUGGGAAGUUCACACGAAUUGAUGAAUAUUAUAACAAGCAUUGGGAGGAUGGUGUGCAUGAGCAGGAGUACUUGGUGAUGAAGGGUGCAAGCAUGCAGACAAAGGUUUGA